AUGUUCGAAGAGCAGCUCAUACACGGCUUCCAUACCAUUGGAGACGUUUGUGUACAACGAAAUGACGUCAAAAGUUUCAAUCGCGCAUUCUCCAUUAUGCUGCGUUUUGCUGAACUGCUCAGGAUACAUUUUAGUGUUCGAGAGAUGGGCACAACCACAUACUUCAACAAUCGUUUUAGGAUCAUGUUCAAUAGUCAUGAGAUUCUAUGCGGGCCACCGCAGCUGCUUAUGAUGGGUCUUACUUCGUAUUCUAAUUGA